CCAUAGAGUAGACAGCCUUUCUCUGUAGCACACACAGACACACAGACCAGAACAGACUGGGGGAAAGAGAGAGGGAAACAGAGGCACUGCAAAAUCCAGACGCAUCAACAGCCACCCUAGCAGCUCAAACCACCACAGCAGGUUGCUCUCCAGGAUGGCUGGGAUGAAGGAGCAGCAAUUUACUGAGGAGAAACCCCUACUGCAAGAACAGAGAGGACAAGACACUGAAAUGGAGAACUGUGAGACCCUGAUGCCCAUUGGAGACUGGAAGGAACAUGACAUUGAGACUCCUUAUGGGAUGCUUCAUGUGGUGAUCCGUGGUGCACCCAAAGGAAACAAGCCUGCCAUCCUCACCUACCACGAUGUUGGGCUUAACCACAAGCUGUGCUUCAACAGCUUCUUCCACAAUGAGGACAUGCAGGAGAUCACCAAGCACUUUGUGGUGUGUCAUGUGGAUGCUCCUGGACAGCAGAUUGGAGCCUCUCAGAUGCCACAGGGGUACCAGUACCCCACCAUGGACCAGCUGGCAGGCAUGCUGCCCAGCGUAGUGCAGCACUUUGGAUUCAAGAGCAUUUUGGGCAUUGGAGUUGGAGCAGGCGCCUACAUCCUGGCCAAAUUUGCUCUGAUCUUCCCUGACCUGGUGGAGGGCCUGGUGCUGCUCAACAUCGACCCCAACGGGAAGGGCUGGAUCGACUGGGCCACCGGCAAGCUGUCUGGUCUCACCAGUGCUCUUCCAGACACUGUGCUGCCCCACCUCUUUAGCCAGGAGGAGCUGAUGAACAACACAGAGCUGGUCCAGAGUUACCGUCAACAGAUCAACAACACUGUCAACCAGGUCAACCUGCAGCUCUUCUGGAACAUGUACAACAGCCGUAGGGAUCUGGAGAUGAACCGCACCGGGACCAUCAUCAAUGCCAAGACCCUGAAGUGCCCCGUGAUGCUGGUUGUUGGUGACAAUGCUCCAGCUGAGGAGGGAGUGGUCGAAUGCAAUUCCAAACUUGACCCAACCAACACCACCUUCUUAAAGAUGGCUGACUCUGGUGGACUCCCUCAGCUCACACAGCCUGGAAAACUGUCCGAAGCAUUCAAGUACUUCCUCCAGGGGAUGGGCUACAUUGCGUAUGUGAAGGAUCGGAGGUUGAGUGGAGGGCCAGUGCCCUCUGCCAGUAUGACCCGUCUGGCCCGCUCCCGGACGGCCUCCCUGACCAGUGGCAGCUCCAUUGAGAGCUCUCGUAUCCGGGGUUUUACACACUCUGACAGCAAUGAGGGCCAGGUCAGCCAUACCAUGGAGGUGUCUUGCUGAACCCCCACACACACACAGACAGACGUGGGUUGGAGAUAGGGACGGAUAGAGAGAGAGAGAGGGAGAGAGUGAGAGAGA